AUGUUGCAAUCGAGGUCAGCAAUGGGUGCUUCUCCUGGGACGCCUCGCCUGAAAUGCCAACGCUCAAGGACCUCAACUUUCAAGCUCGUCUUUCAAGCUCGUCGAGGCAUGCGCGUCGCGGUCUGCGGCACGGUCGGCUCCGGAAAAUCGAGCCUGCUCUCUUGCAUUCUUGGCGAGGUUCCGAAGCUAUCAGGAGUGGUCAGGACCUGCGGGACAAUAGCGUAUGUGAGCCAGUCAGCGUGGAUACAGAGCGGCAAGGUUCAGGAGAACAUACUGUUCGGCAAGGAGAUGGACAGUGAGAAGUAUGACAGAGUGCUAGAGCUGUGUUCGCUGAAGAAAGACCUGGAGAGCUUCCCGUCGGGCGACCAGACGGUCAUUGGAGAGCGAGGCAUCAACCUCAGCGGUGGGCAGAAGCAGAGAGUUCAGAUAGCACGAGCUCUGUAUCAGGACGCCGACAUUUAUUUGUUCGACGAUCCCUUCAGUGCUGUCGAUGCUCAUACAGGAUCCCACAUAUUCAAGGAAUGCUUGCUUGGGGCUUUGGUUCAGAAAACAGUGGUGUAUGUCACUCAUCAGCUUGAAUUUCUACCUGCAGCUGAUCUUAUUCUGGUAAUUAAAGAUGGGGUAAUAGCACAAUCUGGCAGCUACAACGAAAUACUUGGCUCAGGGGAAGAGUUUAUGGAACUGGUUGGUGCUCACCAGGAUGCUCUUGCAGCAAUCGACGCAAUCGAAGUUCCAAAUGGAGCCAGUGAGGCUUUCUCGUCUAGCGGCGCAGCAAGCCUGUCGGGAUCACUGCCAUCAGCUGAGAAGAAGGAUAAGCAAAAUGUCAAGCAAGAUGAUGGCCAUGGUCAGAGUGGGCAGCUGGUGCAAGAAGAAGAAAGGGAGAGGGGCAGGGUGGGGUUUUGGGUCUACUGGAAGUAUCUCACCUUAGCUUAUGGGGGAGCUCUUGUGCCAUUCGUGCUGCUCGCGCAGAUGCUUUUCGAAGUGCUUCACAUUGCUAGCAAUUACUGGAUGGCCUGGGCUGCUCCUGCGUCGAAGGACGUCGAGCCUCCGGUCAGCAUGUACACAUUGAUAUACGUCUAUGUAGCAUUGGCCCUAGGAAGCUCGGUGUGCACCUUCGUGAGAGCCCUGUUUCUUGUGCCAGCUGCAUACAAGACAGCAACUCUGCUGUUUAACAAGAUGCAUGUGUCCAUAUUCAGAGCUCCGAUGUCUUUCUUUGAUUCCACUCCAAGUGGGCGCAUCUUGAAUAGGGCUUCGACUGAUCAAAGCCUGGUGGACACCAGCAUUGCUAACAGGAUGGGCUCUAUUGCGUUUGCCUUCAUACAACUUGGUGGAACUGUUGUUGUGAUGUCUCAGGUUGCAUGGCAGGUCUUUGUUGUUUUCAUUCCUGUAAUUGCUAUCUGCCUCUGGUAUCAGCGCUACUACAUUGAUACAGCCAGAGAGUUGCAAAGGAUGGUCGGGAUUUGCAAAGCUCCUAUCAUACAACAUUUUGUAGAAUCAAUAACUGGAUCGACAAUCAUUAGAAGUUUUGGCAAGGAAAAUCAGUUUUUAGCAACUAAUAACCAGCUAAUGGAUGCCUACUCACGACCAAAAUUCUACAAUGCUGGAGCAAUGGAGUGGCUUUGCUUCCGCAUGGAUAUGCUAUCAUCCCUUACAUUUGCCAUCUCUUUGAUAUUUUUAAUCAAUCUGCCGACCGGUAUCAUCGAUCCAGGAAUUGCUGGCCUUGUAGUCACAUAUGGGCUUAAUCUGAACAUAAUGCAAGUAACGCUUGUAACAAGCAUGUGCAAUUUGGAGAACAAGAUCAUCUCAGUAGAGAGAAUUUUGCAAUACCUAAGCCUUCCUGAAGAGGCCCCUCUUUCAAUAUCUGAAGAUGGGUUGGCUCAUAACUGGCCGUCAGAGGGAGAAAUUCAGCUCCAUAACCUCCAUGUGAAAUAUGCUCCACAACUACCGUUUGUUCUGAAGGGCCUUACAGUCACUUUUCCUGGAGGCAUGAAGACGGGUAUUGUUGGUAGAACAGGCAGUGGUAAAUCAACACUCAUACAGGCCCUUUUCCGUAUCAUGGAUCCCACCGUCGGCCAGAUAAUAGUAGACGGCGUCGACAUUUGCACCAUCGGGUUGCAUGAUCUGAGAUCUAGAUUGAGCAUUAUUCCGCAAGACCCAACGAUGUUCGACGGAACCGUGAGACACAACCUUGACCCUCUAGGAGAGUACACUGACAAUCAAAUCUGGGAGGCCUUGGAUCACUGUCAGCUAGGAGAUGAAGUUCGGAGAAAGGAGCUCAAACUCGACUCACCAGUGCUGGAGAACGGAGAGAACUGGAGCGUGGGCCAGCGUCAGCUCGUCUGUCUCGGCAGGGUGAUCCUGAGACGGACCAAGAUACUGGUCCUGGACGAAGCCACCGCUUCGGUGGACACCGCAACAGAUAACCUGAUCCAGAAGACACUGCAGCAGCAUUUCUCAGGGGCGACCGUCAUCACGAUCGCGCAUCGAAUCACCUCGGUCCUUCACAGCGAUAUAGUCUUGCUUCUUGACAAUGCGUGGCUGUGGAGCACCAAACGCCAGCCAGGUUGCUGGAGGACAAAUCCUCUCUGUUCUCAAAGCUUGUAG